AUGAAGGCUCAGAAACCGACAUUCGUUCUUCACGAAGAGGCAGAGUCGUCCCCAGCGUCCUGUUCGACCUCGAGGGAACGCGCAGUCCCUGCUUCUCCCCACCAUCCUCCUCCCCUGACGACGCACCUCUCCUACCGCCGCUACUCGCACGACGAAGGCACCCGCACGCCGCCCUCGCACCACCUGUGCGACCUCGACGAGGAGUCGGCGCUCGAGUCGACCGGCGGCGAGAGCGAGAAUGACGCUCUGCUCGCGAACGGAAGAAGCGCGAGGGGGACGCCAAAGCGGAGACGGACGCUGCCGCAGAACGGAUACGGAACGCUGGGAAGUCCGCACGGGAACUACUUGACGUUGAACGAGGGGGCGCCGUUCAAGCGGACCGAGUCGAUUCUUCGCCUCACGGGCUUGAUCGACGACCGCGCUGGCGAGUACGAGAAGUUCCGCAAGUCGGAUGAGGAGCUGAAGAAGAUGCCGAAGAAGGUGCGGAAGUUCUACGAGCGGCAGAAUGAGCAACUCGACGCCUUCAUCGAGGUUGACGAGAUCCUCGACAACGCAAGAGCCAAGGCUGCGACGGGCGAACUCCUGCCUGUCGGCCUGCACAGCUCGGAGAAGCAGGACGAUCACCGCGCGGCCGUCAAGUGGGCCAUCAACUUCAACCUCGCCAUCAACGUCCUCCUCAUCAUCGCCAAGAUCGCUGUCGUCUUCCUCUCGCACUCGAUGUCGCUCAUUGCCUCGACCGUCGACUCGGCUAUGGACCUCCUCUCGACCGUCAUUAUCUUCGGCACGAGUCGCUACAUUGAACACCGCGACUGGAAGUCGUCGUACAUCUACCCUACCGGCAAGCGCAAGAUGGAGCCGCUCGGCGUGCUCAUCUUCUCGGUCUUCAUGAUCUCGUCCUUCCUUCAAGUCUUCAUCGAGUCCGUCAACCGCCUCUUCGACAAAAAUCUCGAGUUCACCCGCCUGCCGCUCGUUGCACUCCUCGUCAUGGGGUCAACGAUUGUCAUCAAGGCGGGAGUCUGGCUCAGCUGCCGAGCUAUCAAGAGCGCGUCCGUCGAAGCUCUGCAGCAGGAUGCGGAGAACGACAUCGUGUUCAACUUCUUCUCGAUUCUCUUCCCCUUUGCUGGCCAGCUCAUCGGCUUCCGCUACCUCGACGCGAUGGGAGGUGCCCUCCUCUCGCUCUACAGUGCGUUCGCAAUCCCAUCACCCCUCAAGAAUGGCUUCUCAUUGUCGAGUUUUCGCACACUCCUCGACAACGUCCGCAAGCUGACCGGUCGCCGCGCACCUCCGCAAGAACACCAGCGCAUCGCCUAUCUCCUCACUCGCUUCUCGCCGCUCGUCGAGGCUAUCCAGCACCUCAGCUUGUACUAUUCCGGCGAGGGGAUGGUGUGUGAGGUGGAUAUCGUCUUGCCGGCGAGCACGAGCUUGACUGCGUCGCACAACCUCGGAGAGGCGUGCCAGUACGCCAUUGAGCAGCUUAGCGGGAUUGAGCGCGCCUUUGUCCACGUCGACUGCACCGUCAACCCGCACUCAGGCCAUCUCGAGCGAUGA